AUGGCUGCCGACACCGAUGCUGCUUGCCCUGUGGCGGAGUUAAAAGGCGCUCCUAAUGGAGAGCCCACUACCACCAAACCUGAGCCUCUGAACGUUGGAACCCCCAAAUUCGACGCUAAUCAUGAGGCCGCCCUCAAAUCCACCUUGGUGCUAGCCCAGCAAGUCAGUUCUGACAACCAUGCAUCUCGUGUUCCCCGUGACAUUCCAGCCGCUGAAGCUAUCAAUAUGGCUGUCCUCAUCACCAGCAUGGUACGCAUGCUCAAUGCAUCAACUGUGUCAAAUAAUCUCAUUGUCCGAGCUGCUGCCUAUAUAGAAGGAGAAGAUCAUUUGAAAGCCGGUCAUGCUCUCCGACAAGCACGGUCUGAUCGUCGUAACCAAGGCUACAGACAACCACGGCACCAAAUCAACGGCAUCGCCCCCGGACAAGAUGAUGCACAGGUACUCAAUGGUCUUGAUCCGAACACUGCAGUCACCACAAAUGGAACAUCCAACAAACCUUCAAGCUCGAAGCAGGAGAAUGUGAAGAUUGACACCGAAGAGCAAGGCAAGCAACUUGAUCCAUCGACUCAAAAGCCAAAGAAGAAAGGCACUUGGCAGCAUCGUCAUCAAAAGCCAAGGAAGGGCAACAAUGCCGCUACAGCAAAUCACAAUACUGCAGAAGUAACUGUAGUGAAUGGUUCAACUGAAUCGAAGACUACCGUUGUUUCCCCCAACCAUAUCAAGCCCCUUGAGUAG